AUGGCCACAAGCAGUCUCACAGACCACCAACCGUGGUAUCAACGCAUCCAAUGGUUUAAUUUCUUCAUGCUAGUUCUCAUCCCUCUAUGGGCUUUCAUCCAGUCACUUUGGGUCCCUUUGAUCUUGAAAACCCUGGUCCUGUCAGGAGUAUACUACUUGUUUUCGCUGGGUUCUAUAACAGCCGGAUAUCACCGCCUAUGGGCCCACAGAUCCUAUACAGCAUCAACCCCUCUCAAAUGGCUCCUAGCUGCGUUCGGCGGCGGAAGUCUUCAAGGUUCAAUCCGGUUCUGGGUACGCGAACAUCGUCUCCACCACCGAUACACAGACACCGACCUUGAUCCAUACACCGUGAACAAGGGCAUCCUCCACGCCCACAUCCUAUGGGUUCUCCUCCGUCAGCCGCGGAACGAGAGAAAAAAGCGGGCCCGCAUCACCCUCUCCGAUCUCGACCACGAUCCCGUCGUAGCCUGGCAACAUAAGUACUACUUCCUAAUCGCCUUCGGCAUGGGCUGGUUACUCCCCUGUCUGGUAGCCGGACUGGGGUGGAACGAUUGGAUCGGUGGGUUUCUCUACGCCGGCGUUCUGCGAGCCUUCUUCGUCAACCAGGCUACGUUCUGUGUGAAUUCUCUCGCCCAUUAUCUGGGCCAUCAGCCGUAUGAUGAUCGACAUACGCCGCGCGAUCAUCUGCUCACGGCGCUUAUUACCCUCGGCGAGGGGUUUCAUAACUUUCAUCAUGAGUUUCCGUCGGACUAUCGGAAUGGGAUUGAGUGGCAUCAGGUCGAUGUGACGAAAUGGUUUAUUUGGGCCUGUGGCUUUGUCGGAUUGGCAGGUGACUUGAAGAGGUUUCGGCAUAAUGAGAUCGCCAAAGCACGCCUGCAGCAGAGGUUUAAACGACUUGACGAGGAGAAACGACGUCUAGAUUGGGGCACGCCGCUUGAGGAACUUCCUGUUAUUGACUGGACGGAGUAUCAGCGGAGAGUGGGGGUGGGACAGGUGCUUAUCGUGGUUGAAGGCGUCGUGCAUGAUCUUGGACCGUUCCUGACUGAGCAUCCUGGAGGUGAGGCUACUAUUACGGGUAUGCUGGGGAAAGAUGCUACGGCGCUGUUUAAUGGGGGCGUCUAUGACCAUUCUCGUGCAGCUAGGAACCUUCUGGCUACUAUGCGGGUUGCGGUGCUGAGGGGUGGUGGAGAGGUGGAGUGUUGGAAGUAG